GUUGUGUACCAGGUAUAUAUAUCUACAGAGGCAGGAGUGUAGUUCAGUAGUCUGGCUCCCACCACGCACACACACACACACGCACGCAGCCACCAUGAGGACUCUGGUUGUUUUGGCAGUGAUAGGCGUAUGUUCGGCCGACUAUCAGGUCAACAACCCCGGCUAUCAGGCCUACAACCCCGGUUAUCAGGCUUACAACCCCGGCUACGGCGUGCAGCCCAAGUAUGUCGGCCCCGUGGCUGCCACCAUCCCCGCCGGCAUCGGCGGCAAGGUCAUCCCCGUCUCAGACACCUACGAAGUCGCUGCCGCUAAAGAUGCCUUCUACAAGGCCUACAACAAGCAGCUGGAUACUUUAGAUAUUAUCCGCUCCAGUCGUUACGGCACCCCUGGCUACGCCCCCGCUCUCCCUGUCCACAAGGCUCCUGUGGCUCCCAUCUACGCCUCCAAAAGCUCCUAUGGUGCACCGGCCGCCUCCUAUGGGGCCCCAGCCGGCUCCUACGGUGCCCCUGCAGUCUCCUACGGUGCCCCAGCCGGCUCUUUCGGUGCCCCGGCCGCCUCCUACGGGGUUCCAGCCGGCUCCUUCGGUGCCCCUGCAGUCUCCUACGGUGCCCCAGCCGGCUCUUUCGGUGCCCCAGCCGGCUCCUACGGGUCCCCAGCCGGCUCCUACGGUGCCCCAGCCGGCUCCUACGGUGCCCCUGCCGUGUCCUACGGGGGCCCAAUUGACACCUACGGCUACCACGGUCCCCCCACCCAGGUCCAAGACACUCCCGAGGUGGUCGCCGCCAAGGCUGAGUUCUUCAAGCUCUACAACAAGCAGGCAGCAGCGGCAGCCGCAGCACCUGAUUACUACACUUAGAACCGAGACUGAUAACUACAUUUACAACUGAGCCCCAUCUCUACACCUACAACUGAGCCCCAUCUCUACACCUACAACUGAGUCCCAUCUCUACACCUACAACUGAGGUGUAGAGAUGUUGGUGUACAUCUCUACACCUACAACUCAGCCCCAUUUUUACACCUCCAACUCAGCCCCCAUCUCUACACCUACCAUUAAACCCCAUGACUACACCUGCCACUUACCUGUUCAACGACUAUCCCAUAAAACACCAAUUUCAAGCAUCACAUGCUCACGAAAAUAUACAUUCCCGUAGUAAUGGAUGAGUUUUCUGAAUACAUUCAUCAUAUCAGUGAUUUGUAACAGUCUGUGUGAAAAUUUCCCUCUCCAUCAAACAAGAACAACAGGACAGUGCUCAAUGAUGACGUUCAGCCAAGCAUCGUCUUUAUCUCUGUCCAUCUGACGUGUAGCGUCUCGACACUUUAUUUUGAUUCACUCUAUAGUUCCAUAUAUCAUACUAAGUUUUGUCCCAAGCCAGAGUUAUAAACAUUCGUUGUUUGUACAUGCCACAAUUUUGGUGAGUGAAUAUUCGUGUGCGAAUAUAUAUAUAUACGUUCGUAUCUGUGGAUAUACGUUCGUGUAUGUGUGGAUAUACGUUCGUGUAUGUUUGGAUAUAUACGGAUAUAUACGUAUGUGUGUGUGUGUGUGUGUUUGGAUAUGUAAGUGCGAACUCAUCGAUUUGUGUUGUGUGGUGUUGAGAGCUGUCUCCUGCGUCCCAAUUCUCAAUCUUCAUUUAAUUCGUGUACUUCUUCACUAAUCCCUUGAACGUUGCAUACCUGUUGUAGAAUCAGGGUUUGGAGUUAACCUUCACCGUACCAUAAUCCUCGUAUGGAAUGUGCAUUCACGGCCGUACUUGUUCCUAAUGCUGGCACUGAAAAGUUUAAAAUUAUCUAUAUAGCUCAUUUGGAGACCAUCUAUAUUUCCUCCAUGUCUCUCCCUUGCUCAAAGGUCUCUUCCUUGCUCACUGUCAACCUCUGGCGUUUCUCCCGAGUAUUUCAUACGUUCUGAUUAGGUGUUCCUUAUUUCAUUGCUCCUCACAGCCCAGGAAGCAACGAGAUGGCAAGCCUUGUUGCAUUCUCCGAUUCCCUUAUGGAUAUGAGUAUUGUAUGCUGUUGCUACACGAACCAAAGAUAGAGCUGCAGUCUCACACACGUGGGGUCCACGGUUCGAGUCUCCUACAGCCCAGGUGAAUGGAAUACACUAAAAAAAAUAUAUCUGAUAUUUGAGGCGCAUAGUUUUCCAAGCGACUCCUCGUUUAGGAGUAAGAGUCUGAUGUUAUGUUUGUUCCUCUGUUCUGUGACUUUGAAUGUUUGUUUUGCUCCUUUUUUAGGUAAUGCAUAGUGUUUUAUUUUCCCAUCAGUCAUAUGCAUUACUUUGCAUUUACUGGAAUUGUAUUCUAAUAGCCAUUUCUCUGCUCAUUUUUUGCAGUUUGAUAUACACUAUUAAGAAAGCAACUUGCAGUUGUCCACCUACGGGCUCACCAUAGCCCGUGCUGCUUGGAACUUUUUGUUCCAGGUAGCGAGUCUUUAACAACAACAACAGUUGUCCACCAUACUUAUAAUCAGCAUUAAUUUCACAUCUGUAAACUUAGAGAAGGAACCUUUCCCCUCUGGUAGAUAAGUCGCCUAUAUUUGUGAUAACGAUCCUAUAAUCCUGUAUUCCAUAAAUAAAAUCAACAAUAUAAUGUUAUCAAAUGUUC